AUGAAACCCUAUGUCUUUUUCUUCUGCGAGUGCAUAAACAUUUACCAGGUUAAAUGUCAUGUUUAUUGUGCGCCUUUGGAGCAGAAAUGGAAACUUUUACUAACUCAUAUAGGUCGUACCGAUGCGCCAUUUAACAAAGUCAUUUUGAAAUCUUUGUUCUUGUCUAAGAUCAAUAGACCUCCUGUUUCGGUGUCUAGAAUUGCUCGUGCUUUGAAGCAAAAAGGUGCAGCUGAUAAGACAAUUGUCGUUGUUGGUACUGUAACUGACGACAACAGAUUGUUGGAAUUUCCAAAGGCUACUGUCGCUGCUUUGAGAUUUACUGCUGGUGCUAAGGCUACCAUCUUGAAAGCAGGUGGCGAGGCUAUCACUUUGGAUCAGUUGGCAUUGAGAGCACCAAAGGGACAAAACACCACAAUUGUUAGAGGUCCAAGAAAGUCAAGAGAAGCUGUUAGACACUUCGGAUUUGGUCCACAUAAGAGAAAGGCUCCAAGAAUUUUAUCGAACGGUAGAAAGUUUGAAAGAGCCAGAGGUAGAAGAAGAUCAAGAGGUUUCAAGGUGUAA